AUGCUUCGAUGUAGGAUAUGGAACGAACGAAGCAGUGCUUACAUCUGCGCUUUCUGUCGCCACCCCGCCCUGUCGCGACCGAAUGACCUUGGUCGACGCAACUACUCGCACGCAUCGAAACCUCCCUCGAACGGCACAGGUGUACUUGGAGGCUGGGGCAGCAACAAUGGCGUGAAAACGCCAAAGAGUUCUGGGAUCCCUCCAGGACCCCGUGGUCCGGUUGCCGGCGGAGGAUGGGGCCAGCCGCUGAUGGGCAAAGGUUCAUCGUCAAGAGCGCCGAACUCUGAUGGCCAGAAAGCUUCUACUGGUCGGGAUAGCUCGCUUGAUGGGCUGCUUCUCCCUCAUGAGCUUGCUGCACGUCAGCAGUUAGAGGCCCAGAAAGCCGUCCAACCCAAGGCUCCGCUAAUCACGCGCAACUUUGCCAAGGGCACAACACCAAAGUCGAGGCAUCUAGGUGGACUUGAAGGUGGUCUCAGUGGAAGCAACAUCUCUCGAAAUCCUCUUGGUACAGUGGCAAAGAAAUCGUUAGGGGGCGAGGAGAAGCCCUUGCCAGGAAGGGAUUGGAGACAUCGACACGAGGGAGAGAGAACCUCAACCAGCACGCCAAUACCGCACAAUCGACAUAAUGGGAGGGAUGUCAAUCGAACCACACCGACGAAGAACCUCCCACGACAACAGCAGAGAGGACUCGACGAGCCGGGUGCUCUUGGGACGGGCGAAUGGGGACAGCUUUCGAGGAAGGCCACCGACGGAAGCUCUGCAGAUGUGCCUGGUAGCACGGGUUCAAAAUCAGGUCUCUCGAAGCAGGAUUUCUUUACGAAAUUCCAUGACCAAGUGAGCAGCAAGUACAACCAAGAUGACAACAAAUCCCGGGCAUCGAGCUCGGACUUGGGUCACUCCAAAAACAACAGUUCUCAGAAGACGGAACAGGUUGUGGAUGAAUCAACAAAGCCACAGCGCCGUACACGGGAGAUUGAUGAAUCCUACGAAAUCAGCCGCGACCCAAGGAGACGCGACAAGGCUGGAAGCCGCAGAGGGGAUGCUUAUGGGUCGUUCCGUGGCGUAAAGAAGUCAGCAGCGCAGCAAAGAUGGGAGGACGAGAACGAAGAAUGGGACGAUAACGGUGCUGGCCGAGAAGCCCAGCGACGCCGCAAGAAGGCCGAAGCCGAGGCGCGGAGGCUGGCUUUGGAAAAAGCUGCGACUCCGAACAUCUUCUUGCCCGAGUUCAUCAGUAUUGCGAACCUAGGGACAGCACUCAAGCUGAAGCCCCAGGAGUUCCUCAGGUCCUUGUCAGAGAUGGGGUUUGAAGAUAUCACCGAAGACAGCAUCAUGACCGGAGAAACCGCCGCUCUGGUUGCCCAGGAGUUUGGCUUUGAGCCAACUGUUGACACUGGUGGUGUCAGAGACCUUAGACCUCGGCCUCCACCGGAGGAUGUUUUGGCGUUGCCACCGCGACCGCCGGUUGUUACUAUCAUGGGCCACGUCGAUCACGGCAAGACGACUCUACUCGACUAUUUGAGGAAGUCGUCAGUGGCAGCCCAGGAGCACGGUGGCAUCACUCAACACAUCGGCGCUUUCAUGGUGAAGAUGUCUGAGGGGAAGCUCAUCACUUUUCUUGACACGCCCGGUCACGCGGCUUUCCUGACCAUGCGACAACGUGGUGCCAACGUCACUGACAUCGUUGUGCUGGUUGUUGCUGCCGAUGACAGCGUCAAGCCCCAGACCAUCGAAGCCAUCAAGCACGCCAAGACGGCAAAUGUUCCAAUCAUUGUAGCUAUCAACAAGUGUGACAAGGAAGACGCCAAACCCGACCAAGUCAAGGCCGACCUUGCCCGUCACGGCGUUGAAAUCGAAGACUUUGGCGGCGACGUCCAGGUUGUUUGUGUCAGUGGAAAGACCGGCCAGGGCAUGAGUGACCUUGAAGAGAACAUCGUCACGCUUGCCGACAUCCAAGAUAUGCGUGCUGAGGACGAUGGUUUGGCAGAAGCCUGGGUGCUUGAAGCUAGCGUGAAGCCAUACGGCAAGUCUGCAAAUGUUCUCGUCAAACGAGGCACCCUGCGCCCCGGAGAUUUCAUUGUUGCAGGUACCGCCUGGGCCAGAGUUCGCCUGCUGCGGAACGAGGCCGGUCAAGAGCUCGAGAAGGCACCACCCGGCACGCCUGUCGAGGUGCUUGGAUGGAGAGAUGAACUCCCCGCCGCUGGGGACGAAAUUCUCCAAGCACCGGACGAGGAUCGGGCCAAAACAGCCGUCGAUUACCGCGAGGAGAUGCGUGAACGAGAGGCGUCGUCGAAGCAGCUGGCCGAGCAGGAGCAACGCGAACGUGAAGCCAAGGCCGCUGCAGAGGUCGCUGCGGAGAUUGAAGCAGCCGAUGCCGAGGGAGGCGAAGUCAUCGCCACCAAAGUCAUCAACUUCAUGGUGAGAGGUGACGUUGUAGGUUCCGUCGAGGCCGUGUGCGCAACCAUCAAUGAGAUUGGCAACAACGAGGUGAAGCCUCGCAUUCUUCGAUCGUCGGCCGGCCAAAUCUCCGAAUCGGACGUUGAGCACGCCGAAGCCUCGAGUAGUGUGAUUGCCAACUUCAACUGCGCUGUCCCGGCCCAUGUCAAACAUCUAGCCGAGGAGAAGGGCGUUAGGAUCUUAGAUCACAGUGUCAUUUACCACUUGGCAGACGAGGUGAAGCAGGUCAUGUCGGAAUACCUAGCCGACAAGGUGACAUCCAAGGUUAACGGUGAGGCGGAGAUUCUGCAAAUUUUCCCCAUCAACAUCAAGGGACGCACGUACAAGAACAUUGCCGGAUGCAAGGUACGGAAUGGAACGGUCACUCGGUCGACAAGCGUCCGCAUCUUGCGGAAGGGAGAGAAGGUCUUCGACGGCAAGAUCGAUACCCUCAAGCACGGGAAAAAGGACGUGGAUGAGGUCAGAAAAGGUACCGAAUGCGGUAUUGCUUUUGACGGCUUCACCGAUUUGCAGGUCGGUGACCAGAUCCAGACCUACGAGGAGGUGAGAGAGAAGAGGAGCUUGUAA